AAAUGGGAAUUUUAUUGGUAAGAGUAAAGAAAAAAUUAUCGGGAAUUUUAUCUGUCCUUCAGACUAUUUCAUUAUUGAAAUGGUUAAAAUGAAAAUUUAAAAAAAAAUGUGAUCAGAAUCAUAGUGAAUUACGAUAAUACGUAAUAUAAAAUAUAAUAAUGUAAAAGUGGUAAAAAUUCUAUGUUAAAAUUAAAUUCGAAGCUCUCGAUCUUAAAGUAUCGAUCUGCUCGUAAUUUAUUAUCUCAACGACAAGCACAAUUGGUAUGCAAUAUUUAGGAAGAAAUAGAAUAUUUUUUUUCUCGUGCUAACUAAAAUGGCACAAUUUUAAAAGCAAUAUUUUAAAUUGAUCGCAAUCGUUCGAAAUUGCAUUAUAAGUUGACCAACUUAUACGUGUAUCCCUCGAUAAUCAAGCCUUGAUGCUACGAAAUGAAUUACUUUUUCUUCUCUCUCUCUCUCUCUCUCUCUUUUCAUCGUAUUUACGCAUUCUUACGUCAAUUACGCAAAUUGCAAUUCUUCUGGGUCAACUUUCAACCUUUAGUCGAACGAAGAAACGAGGAAAGAGUCGAUGUCGUUCUAUCCUCGAUUUGAAUACAGAUAAUUACCUUAGAUAAAAAUUACGAGUGUUUAAUUCGAACCUGCGUGAGUCAUAUUCUUUUUUUUUCUCCUUUUCUCUUUAUUAUAAAUUAAUCAUAACCUUUGAGCGAACAGAAUAAUCGUGCCUUCUUUUCUUUCUUCUUUAAAAAAAAAAUAUCCGCGUAGGUUCACAUACGUGUAACGGUAUUUUUAUUCUUAUAUUUUCAUCGUUAAUAUAAUUCUUAAUCAUUCCGAAUACAGGUAGAUAAACAGAGGAUGAAAAGUUACGAGGAAGCGACGAGAAUAAUAAUCGUGUUAUCUUACGCGACAUCAUUCCGUUAUUACCAGAAUAAGAAAAAAAGUUUGUCGAAAUUCUUGCUCAGCUGGAUCUAUAAUGUUAUUUCGUUCUUCACGUACGUCUAUUUCAUAUUCUAUCUGGAGAUAUGUAAUUUGAGCGCCUUACCGUACAACAAAGAACGAAUCACGUACACGUUUCUUCUUUUCAUCUUUCUCUAUGGAUAUAUAACUAUAACGAUAACGGGUUGGUACAAAUCGAAGGAUAUGAUCGCGUUACGGAAUCGCAUCGACCAAGUGGACGAAAAUUUGAAGGAAAUCGGGAUCGAAAUCGAGUAUCGCAGCGUGUAUCGUAAAGUAAAGAUCACAGGUUUGGUAUGGUUAAUCCACUGGAUUAUAUUAGUAGGAUUAUUCUUGAACUUAAUAUUAAAAUAUAGAAAAAGAAUAUCCGAAAUAAUUAUCAAUGUUUCUUACGCUUACAUUAUAAAUGUCGAGUCACUCCUUUUGUACGACUACGAUAUAUUCAUACAUUGGCUAAGGUUAAGAUUCGAACAGACGAAUCAACUGCUCGCAACGACUCUGUCGGUGAACGGUGGAACGAAAAUGGAGAAGGAAGAUGAGAUCCUCAAGUCGAAUCCUAAUUUUAAGAAUAGAUCUCGAUUGAACAGUUGGUCGUUGGAACGUUUUUUACUCGGCUCCCAAAUAUUUCCUGCGAACCACGUUCCAAGUUUGAAACAGGAAUCGCAAUCCGAUGAGAAAAUUCGUCUGGUUCAACAAAUUAGAUCGGCGCAAUUGCAACUUUCCAAUAUAUCGAAGAUGACGAACGAUGUUUAUAAUAUGCAAUUAUUGACGUUUACAUUCACAAUUAUGAUUUACAUAAUAAUACAUACAUAUUAUAUAUACGAAGAAAUACAAAGAACGACCAAUGUUAAGAAACUGUUACAAACGUUAAUAAUAUUUGUAUGGAAUAGCUUUGGAAAUUUUAUAAAGAUCAUUUAUAUAGGUUAUUAUUGCGAAUGUACAAUAAAUGAGGCUAAAAAAACAAUAAACAUUAUUCACUCGUAUCCCUUGGACGAAAAAGAUAUCGAAUUAAAAAACGAGUUUCUCCAAUUCUGUUUUCAAAUAUCGUACACACGACUUGAAGAAUCAAAAACUAUUGAUUAUAAAAUCAAUUAUUGUUACAUUCGCCAUUACAUAAGUUUCAUAUUGUCUUACGUUAUUAUCAUGAUACAAUGGAGCCAAAAUUCAUCGAUAAAAAACCACACUUCGAUGGAAAAUAUGACGAGUUACAAUUUGAGCAACGUUCAAACGACGAAUCAAAGUUCGAUCGACGUUCAAAUAUAAUUUUUCAUACUUGUCGAUUAAUAAGAUUAUAAAUAAAACAAUGUAAACUACGCAGUUAAAAAACGCAGUGAAUGCUAAAUAUUUUUCCAAUUGAUUUGAUUUUAAAUUCAAAAGAAUAAUUAUUAAUUUUUAAUAAAGUUCCAGAUUUUUUUUUUUUCAGAAAUAGAUGUAACAUUUGCGGAACAUCGUAUUCAAAAAAACGCUCUUACAAUAUUGUUAAGACAUACACUUGAACCGUGCAACCGCAUUUCCAUUCGAUAAACUAAUUAAUCAUUAACCUUGUUAACAAUACUUUCACCGCGAUAUCGAUUCGGACACGAACGAGCAAUUGUUGUGCUCGUUAUUACUUAGCAGCACUACU